AUGCAGCUCUGCCACCAAGCACAUCUCGGGCGACGGCUUCUGGUGCCGUCCCGCUCGUGCGUACGCACCUCCCCCACACCCCCUCCUCUGCUGUGGGGUGAGGAGGCAGGCGGGGCUGAGUUGAGUAGUUUCACGGUUGGGGGCCGAGGCCCCCAAUAUGAGACUGUCCUGCCCAAGGCCGCCCAGCAGCAGAACCCAGCACCAGCCAGAGACGAGCAGCAGGCACAGGAGCUGCCCAGCAACCCAUUCGGUUCCCCGGCCUUGGAAGUGGUGCCCAUGGCGUCCCCCCGAACCCUGCUCUCCUGCCUGCUGUUCCUGGUGAUCGCUGAAGGCUGGGGUCAGCGGGCGGCCGUCCCGGGCUGCCACUUGCACCCCUUCAAUGUGACAGUGCGAAGUGACCGCCAAGGCACCUGCCAGGGCUCCCACGUGGCACAGGCUUGUGUGGGCCACUGCGAGUCCAGCGCCUUCCCUUCCCGGUACUCCGUGCUGGUGGCCAGCGGCUAUCGACACAACGUCACCUCCGUCUCUCGGUGCUGCACCAUCAGCAGCCUGAGGAAGGUGAAGGUGCAGCUGCAGUGUGGGGGGGCCCGGAGGGAGGAGCUGGAGAUCUUCACGGCCAGGGCCUGCCAGUGUGACAUGUGUCGCCUCUCACGCUUCUAGCCCACCCCUGCCCCUCCCCUCCCCGCUUGGUCAGAGGGACCGAGUCGGUGGAGGACUUCCCAUCUGUCCUCAGCCUUGUUGGGGACAGCAGCUUCCACCCUUGUAAGGUUCUGUGGCUGUCACCUCCUGAAAAGAGGGGCACU